GAAUAUCUGGUUCGAAAAAUCGAAGUCCUUCGGUCCGUUUAAUUCAUGUUGGUGAGCAAAUGAUCUUGCUUUUUUGCGGAUCACGGAUUUUCUUUACGUCGACCGAGUCCAUGUGUACAAGUGCGACUUCGACCGUCAGGGCUAGUCUGCUGCCCGUCUGCUGGAAGUACGGCAGAAAUGUUACCCCUUUAGACGAGUCUAAAAACUUGCAACACUUGCCCGGUGGUUUUACUUUUAUUUUCGUAAUGCAUGGAGAGGACUAGGUUUGCUGGUCACAACUGAUUUGCACAAGACUCGAACGCUGUAAGACAGCCGUGCGCUGGAGAGGGAAACAUGCGUUCUACUACGACUGCCCCUGCCACUUUUUCCACAACUACUCGAACAAACUGCUGCGUUGAGGUCCACACUGUCUGCUCGUGAUCAUCAGAUUUUCUUGCUCCUCGAAAAAAUUGAAACCCUGAGACAGCCUGCAAACCGAAGCAUCCGAAGCGGCGUGUGCAUGCUAUUCUGGUUCCUUCUUUACUGGGGAUUCGUGGUUUUUUGCCUCUGGCCUCGAGGGAAGCUAUCCAACUAUGUUGCCAACUUCGGAGGCGGUGGUUGGCGAACACCAGGCUUCGAACGCAGGCACGUACAGUGCAGAUAAUGCGUCAUCCAUGAUGCCCUGCUGUGGCGGUGACAUACGGCUCUCAGUCGAGGAGUCAGAAGACGCCUCAGGCCAAACAGAAAAACAACUCACUGGGCAAGAUCAGGGGAUGGUUGCCACAUCACAGACGCCACAUCUACUUCAGGGAACUGUAGGACAGCCGUCCAUGCUGCCCACCAGCAUUGGUUCAGGAACCACAAACGAAUCCUCCGAUCAAGUGCCGUCGGGCUGCGCGAGUCUGUGCCGUUUUCUGCCGGACACUUGUGUAUCGUACAAAUGUGUGUUGCCGUCUCCUCAAGAGAAUUCCAUCGGCUACCGAAAUCUGGAACUCUUCGUUUCGACUUUGUUGGGCAAAUGCGGGGAGGCUGUGGACCGCCAGCGUCGCGCCUCCGCCAUGUGUCUGUUUUUCGCGCUCCAUCGCGCUAUCUCGGUCCACAAUUCAAACCUCGCCAAAUGGGCAUGCAUGCGUUGGCACGCGAGUUAUGUUAUGACGCGUUGGCCGCCAAAAAAAACCAGGCUGGCGAUCCUCGCAGACGCAAUUUCUGGUCGUUCCCAGUGGCCUAGUGCACAGAAAGAAACGCUGUCUCCGGCCCUCACGGAAGUUCAGCGCAACUUGCGCACUUUCGAUAAAGAAACCAUUCGCGCGAUGGCAUGUUGCUUGCUUCCUAACAGUGCAUCGUCUCCUAUCGUUUCAGAAAACAUGUCUGUGAACGGGCAAGGUUCAGACCCCUCUCGACCCUCAACUCUCUCUAGUGUGCCUCCUGCCGAGCCGCACUACCUCGAUUCCAGAAAUGCUUCAUGCCCACUAACCAAAGGAAUCGGCUGCGGGAACAUGCGCGGGAACGGCGCAGACGCGACGUUUUCGGAUGCAGGAGCACCUCUUCGUUCGCCUGCGGUGAGUCCUCCUGCCUCGGAAGAUUCGUUGUCAGCCACGAAAAGUCCUAACGAGCGGCGCUCUUUGUUGCACAACAAGGGAUCCACUCCACGCGACUCGUCGGCUUUUUCAGCAAGCAGGAGAAACAACACAUUGUUAUCCACGAGAAACAUAAGCCUGAAUUCUUCGCGAAGCGGGGGACUCCUUGCAUCGCGAUCGGCCACGCGUGGGUCAGGCGCAGCCACAGCCGUCGAUCAAGUGCCUACGGAACUUACGGAUCUCGGCAAAGGAGCAGCUCCGAAACUUCCUUACGGACAGAAACCUCGCAGAUUGAGAGAUGGCGGCGCAAGCCCGCUGGAUCUCAGCACCGUUUCCUGCACAUCGGCGAACUCCCACAGUGGAAAGCCGGUACGGGAAGGAACGCGAAGAGACCGAGGAACUGCAUAUGGCAGAGCGGGGAUAUCAUCGGGCAGCGUUACGUCUCGAAAUUCGUUAAGCGGGCGCACUAACUGCAGAAGCGCAGAUGAAUACUGUGCUAGAAGCGACAAACGCGAGGUGAAAAAGCAUGAGACCGUCAGCGAGCUGUCCCAAGCAGAUCCAGGACCGCCAUUUUUCAUGGCAGCUGAACGGUUUGCCGCAGCUGCCACGCCUCUGAUUUCCAUGGAUUACAAGACUCUCAUGGCGGCUGCUAUGUGUAGAGCAGCAGAACUUGCCGGCUCGGCAGAUUCUCUACCGACCACUCCCCGACCGUUAAACUGACAGGCUUUACUCGUUCUUUAAGCCUGCUCUCUGCUGUCCGACGGGAUGCGAACUGUCUUGAUUUCGAUGGAGACUUGGGGCUUUUCUCGGCUAGGGAAGGAUGGCAAAGGUCUUGGCUG